CAAGUGGAGCGUAACUGAUGAUUGACUGAAAAAAAGUCCACGCACUUGGGAUUUGAGGUCGGUGCUGGACUCAUUCUGAACUUUGGUCGGUUCCCGUCUGCCCCGCCUCGGUAAUUUCGCAAGCCUACGUUAUGCUGACGUCGACUUGAGGACACUCUCCGCAGCCUGGGUUUGUGUCGAACUAUUCCAUCACGAGGAUGUCUCUCGUUUACCGAUUACUCGUUUUUGUAGUACUUUUAUUCUAUUUAGGACAAGGAGAAUGUGGUGCCAACGAUCGAGUUCUACUACGGGAUGUUAGUACAAUAACUUUACGUGAUGGACAAUAUACAACGGGUCGCCGUGAAGCACCCGUCCCUCAGAUAAAGUGUGUUGGCGGUAAAGCUAAAGGAGAGUAUAGACCACGCACGGUACAAUGUACGAAGCAAGGUUUCGAUGGAGUUGAUUACCAAUGGAAAUGUGUUGCGGAUAUGCCUCAUGAGUUCGAAUUUGGCCAGGUAACUGUCACAUGUGAAGGUUACAGCUACCCUGAAGACCCAUAUAUUUUGAAAGGCAGUUGCGGGCUAGAGUAUGAUUUGGAAUACUCUAACACAGCUUAUGCAAAGAAGGAUGUUAGCAGAAGUCGAAAGUCUGGCUGGUCAUCAUGGUUUACUCAAGAAAACUUUGCCAAUGCCAUUGUUGCUGCAUUCAUACUCUACGUAAUAUACGCGAUGUUCUUCGCGAACAAUACUCCACAGGGGCCACGGGCACCUCCAAGAUAUGGCUGGUUUGGAAGUGGUUACGAUGGUGGACCAGGAUAUCCCGGAGGUGGACACCCACCGCCAAGUGCUCCACCUCCACCACCAAGCUACGACGACGCCAUGGGUUUUAAGAGUCGUCCGACAGGCUCUGCCUCUACGAGUAGUGGACCUGGCUUCUGGACUGGGGCAGGAUUAGGUGCCUUGGGAGGAUAUCUUUUCGGAAGGAGAGGGGGAACAUCUCCCACAUCUUCUGCAUUCGGUUAUUCGCAACCUUAUAGGAAUGAGCGCUUCAUGAGGGAUACGGGCUUUGAUGAUUCUCGUGCUGAUCAACCGAGCACUUCGCAAAUGCACGAGAGUACAGGUUACGGAGGUACGAGACGAAGAUAGAGCUGCUUGAGCAUAUGGUCAUGUACAUACUCUUUUAUUCUUGCUGCUCACCAUUUCAAAAGUAUUGCGUAGAUUUGUUGAAGAUGAGAUUCUAACAUCUAUUUAUUGUGUCUACAUAAUAACUGGAGUUUUACUUUCUGCAUUUUUUCUGACACGUCUUAUUGAUUUUUUCUUAUACGAGAGAUUAGCACGUCGAUUUUCUGUUUUCUGUUGG